CAAAAAGUCUUCCAUCAACCGCAAUCCGCUCGUGCGUUCGCCAAGCCAACCUUUUUGAGUGCAUCCAUCGAAAUUUCCAUGACAUAACGCCUCACCUCACACCGUCAACCUCACCUACCACCCCACCACCACCCCCAAUCAAUCAAGCUCACCACCUCACACCACACAUAACCACACACGACACAAUGGCCCCACAAAACCGAAUCUCCUCCGGCGGUCGCAGCAGCCAGCAGCCGGGAAUGGUCACCAGCCUCUACCGCGAGCUCCGGAGCCCCGAGAACGCGGGCCUCGUCAAGAGCGUGGCACUGUUUGCCGUCGCCAUCACCUUCUUCCAGAGCUCCUGGAGCGAGUUCUUGGUUCCUGGAUUCUAAAUGCCGCAACGAUGGGGUACGGAGAAACGGAACGGGAAGAGUGUAUGAUACGCACGGAUGCGAUGAUUUCCACGGGAUGGAUUGACGGGCAGUGGGCGGCGGCGGGUUGGUUGUGUGUGCACAUAGAGAUGGAGAAAAUUGCGAACCAUUCAACUUUUUCGUGGCAAAACCA